ACCUACUCUGGGUCAGUCACACAUCGAUUGGCUUCCUAGAUAACAGAUCGUGCCACCGCUGGGGACCUCUGGGGACCAGCCGGGAGCUGAAAGAGUCGCACGCAGCAGCCCUGCCCCGACUUAAUCAAACUAGCAACAGGAUCUGCCUCCCGCGGCAGCGCGGCGGUGGCAGGGUGGCAGCGGCGGCGGCGGCAUUAUGCGUGAUUACUGACAGGCACCAGCUGCUGCCGCCACCGCCGGCUCGACGCACGAUGUGGACGCUCAGAUCGAGAGGCAGAUUCCUGACUAAUCCCAGAGGGCUGGCCCAGCCCGAGCCCGGGCUGCUAGGAAGCGAUGACCACUCUUGUUAGCCCAAGUUGAAGGGAGCCCGGCUGCGCUUGGGAGCAGGCAGAGGCCGAGCCACUGAGCAGACGCGCCCGGAGGACUAUGAACUGAAGAGUCAACAUGUAUGGAAAUUAUUCUCACUUCAUGAAGUUUCCCACAGGCUUUGGAGGUUCUCCCGGCCAUACUGGCUCCACGUCCAUGAGUCCAUCGGCGGCCUUGUCCACAGGGAAGCCCGUGGACAGCCGCCCCAGCUACACCGACACCCCAGUGAGUGCCCCGCGAACUCUGGGUGCAGUGGGGGCCCCCCUCAAUGCCCUGGGCUCUCCAUAUCGCGUCAUCACUUCUGCCAUGGGCCCACCCUCGGGGGCACUGGCAGCCCCUCCAGGAAUCAAUCUGGUGGCCCCGCCUAGCUCUCAGCUAAAUGUGGUCAACAGUGUCAGCAUUUCAGAGGACAUCAAGCCCUUACCAGGGCUUCCUGGCAUUGGAAACAUGAACUACCCAUCCACCAGCCCAGGAUCUCUGGUUAAACACAUCUGCGCCAUCUGUGGGGACAGAUCCUCAGGAAAGCACUAUGGUGUGUACAGUUGUGAAGGCUGCAAAGGCUUCUUCAAGAGAACCAUAAGGAAAGACCUCAUCUACACGUGCCGGGAUAACAAGGACUGCCUCAUCGACAAGCGUCAGCGCAACCGCUGUCAGUACUGCCGCUAUCAGAAGUGCCUGGUCAUGGGCAUGAAGAGGGAAGCUGUGCAGGAAGAAAGGCAGAGAAGCCGGGAGCGGGCUGAGAGUGAGGCAGAGUGUGCCAGCAGUGGCCACGAAGACAUGCCCGUGGAGAGGAUUCUGGAGGCUGAGCUUGCUGUCGAACCAAAGACAGAAUCCUAUGGUGACAUGAACACGGAAAAUUCGACUAACGACCCUGUCACCAAUAUAUGCCAUGCUGCCGAUAAGCAGCUUUUUACUCUCGUUGAAUGGGCCAAGCGUAUACCCCACUUCUCUGACCUCACCUUGGAGGACCAAGUCAUUCUGCUCCGGGCAGGGUGGAACGAGCUGCUGAUCGCCUCCUUCUCCCACCGCUCCGUCUCUGUGCAGGACGGCAUCCUCCUGGCCACGGGACUGCACGUCCACCGAAGCAGCGCCCACAGUGCUGGAGUUGGCUCCAUCUUCGACAGAGUUCUGACUGAGCUGGUCUCCAAAAUGAAGGACAUGCAGAUGGAUAAGUCAGAGCUGGGGUGCCUGCGAGCCAUCGUGCUGUUUAACCCAGAUGCCAAGGGUCUCUCCAACCCGUCCGAGGUAGAGACUCUGCGAGAGAAGGUCUAUGCCACCCUCGAGGCCUACACCAAGCAAAAGUAUCCAGAACAACCAGGCAGGUUUGCCAAGCUGCUGCUGCGUCUCCCAGCCCUGCGUUCUAUCGGCUUGAAGUGCCUGGAGCACCUCUUCUUCUUCAAGCUCAUCGGGGACACACCCAUUGACACCUUCCUCAUGGAGAUGUUGGAGACCCCACUGCAGAUCACCUGAGCCCCACCAGCCACCAGCCUCCCUGCACAGGACUAGCCCGGGCAGAUGUGUGUGGACCCCCACCCUGCACAUGUUCCUCCACCUCCCGCCCUGACCCCUACCCAUUCCCCAGACGUGAUGCUUAUAAUAAAGAAACCUUUCUACACAUGUGACUUUUAUAGGUGAAGUUUUGUAUAGAUGUUAAAUGUAACCCUUCUUUGCUAUCUAAGGGGAUGGGGUUCUUUCUGGAAGUUAUUGGGAAAACUAACCAAGCCUCUGUACAUAUAAUUGGUUUAAAUUAUUUUUUCACUUGCCUUGGAAAGCCAAUGAAUGAAUAAUAAAGUAACAUAUGUGAUAUUGGCA